GUGCCCGGGACGCCGGAGGAAGCGCAGCGGCCGCCAGGCUGCCGAGCCGGCGGGGAGGUCCUGUGCUCCUCGGCUGGGCGCGGGCUGCUGGGAACAGGCGGCAGCGGCGCCGAGGCUGCGGGACACGGCGCGGCCGGUCUGCGGGACGGGCCCCGGGUGGAGAGGAGGACGCGAGGAGGCCGCGCCGAGGCCAGGCGGCGAGCUCUGAAGCCCGGAGACCCGGGCCGCGGCACAGCUCCCACAUGGCCUCCGGAGGGGGCGCGGCCUUCGAGGAGCUGCCGCACGACGGCACGUGUGAUGAGUGCGAGCCGGACGAGGCUCCGGGAGCCGAGGAAGUGUGCCGGGAAUGCGGCUUCUGCUACUGCCGCCGCCACGCGGAGGCGCACGGGCAGAAGUUCCCCCGGCACCACCUGGCCGAGUACGUCCACGGAGCCGCCCAGGCCUGGACCCCGGGAGCCCGGGGGGAUGGGGCGGGAGAGGAAGAAGUCGAGGCCCAGGUAGAGAACGAGAAGGCCCUAGAAAUUGAGGCGGGGGAAGAGAGCGAGUCUGAGGAAGACUGUGAGUCCGAAGAAGAGAGUCAGACGGAGGAGGAGAGCGAGGACGAGAGUGAUGAAGAGAGUGAGGAAGACAGUGAGGAAGAAAUGGAGGAUGAGCAAGAGAGCGAAGCAGAGGAAGACAACCAGGACGAAGGAGAAUCGGAGGCAGAGGGAGAAACUGAGGCAGAAAGCGAAUUUGACCCAGAAAUAGAAAUGGAAGCGGAGAGAGUGGCCAAGAGGAAGUGUCCGGACCAUGGGCUCGAUCUGAGUACCUAUUGCCAGGAAGAUAAGCAGCUCAUCUGCGUCCUGUGCCCAGUCAUUGGGGCACACCAGGGCCACCAGCUCUCCACCCUAGACGAAGCCUUCGAAGAACUAAGAAGCAAAGAUUCAGGCGGACUGAAGGCGGCUAUGAUAGAGUUGGUGGAAAGGUUAAAGUUCAAGAGCUCAGACCCUAAAGUAACCCGGGACCAGAUGAAGGUGUUUAUACAGCAGGAAUUUAAGAAAGUUCAAAAAGUGAUUGCUGAUGAGGAGCAGAAGGCCCUUCAUUUAGUGGACAUCCAGGAAGCGAUGGCCACGGCUCAUGUGACUGAGAUACUGGCAGACAUCCAGUCCCAUAUGGAUAGAUUGAUGACUCAGAUGGCCCAAGCCAAGGAACAACUUGAUACCUCUAAUGAAUCAGCUGAGCCAAAGGCAGAGGGCGACGAGGAAGGACCCAGGGAAUCAGAGAAGAUUUCACAGUUGUUGAGUCAUUUGAACCAGUGCCCUGAACAGAGCUAUACAACAGUAAGUUGAUUGAUGGCAGGUGGAGAAUGGACAUCAUAAUUGUACGCUCUUGGUGCCAGUGAAGAAGAAGACACAUGAAGGCCUGCCAUCCCCAGCGGAAAAUCAUCCCUUCCCCUUGUGUGUAUGUGACGGCGUGUAUGUAACGGCUUCUGAUUCCUGUGAAAGCUGCCCAGCAACAAACGUGCUUCCACCAGAUGCCUCCCCAGAUCCACAGCAGGCACAUAGCUCUCCAAGGAAUGACCAGUGUUACUCUUACUGACUGUGCUUCUCAUUCUCUUGUCGUGAUAGGUCAAGGAAAAUGCCCCUUUGAUCAACCAGGAGCAAUUAAAGGGUCCUUCAGGUAAUGCCUCAAUGGCUGCUUUGAACUUACUCAGGAAAGCCGGCCCCUGUCAUAUUGUAUACCCAAACAGUAUCACUUCAUUGAGAAGGAUCUGGAAUAAUUUUGAAGGGCAGUCAGAAUUUGUUUCCCUACCUGCUAAUAAAACCACACUUUAUUCAUAUUGAAGCAUGGAAUAAAUGAGGGAAAAGUAGGGCCGAAUCAACCCACAUAGUUAGUCUCUAAAAGUCCAUUUAAUACGUCUGUGAAAAUGUGGUUUCAUGAAAUAAGAUGGAUGGCUUGAAAACAGAUAAAGAGUUAAAAGUUAGAAAUAUAUAGAGAUAUUUUUAGUACAUGAGGUUAUCCAGGAUUUCAGAUUCAUAAUUCAGUGCUGUGGAAAUGAAAAAAAAAGAAAGAGAAGAUUGAAGAGAUAGAAAGGAAAUGACUUUUUUUUUUUUUUCAAAAAAAAGGGACCAAAGAGAUCUGAUUAAAAGUUGAAAUCGAAAUCAGUAUUUCUGAACUCAAAUUGCCUAAGUUUCCAAAAUAGUCACUAAAGGAUCUGAUGGAACCUGAAUUAUUUGAGUGGAUUCUGAGGUUUUAUGGGUCUUGUCACAGCAUGAAAGUCUGGAAUGUGUAUUACAAAUGGGAAUUUUCAGUGUAGGUUUUGCUCCCCCCUCCCCCAGCUUAGCCUAAUUUGGCUUAAAUGCAGUGUGGGGAGAAUUCUUGGCCCUCUGUGGUGUGUUGAAUCGAGCUCCAUCUCCUGGCAGAUAUACCUUCCUUUUACUCCAGCGGGGACCCCUCUUCCCCUGGCUCUCCCCACCUCCAGGUCAUCUCCCACACGCUGGCUCUCUCCUCUUAAGUAACGUGAGCAGAGACUCACCGUGGUUGGACUCUGGUCUUUCCCCACUCCCAAAGCACAUUUCCUUACAACCAAGUUUUUUACUCCUAAAUAAGCAAUGAUGUACUAGGGAAUACAAAACUGCAAACUAAAAAACAUGCGUCUUCUGAUACAGCAGUUUUACUUAACAAAUGGUUUGGAGUCAGGGAAUGACAUUAUUUUUAGAUAAAACAAACACAGUUAUAUUAUGAAAUAGAAUGUUUGUAUAUAUAAACAGUAAAGAUAAAAUAGGAGACUUCACAGAGAAUUUUUAUUUGCGAGUGGGGGGUGUGUUCCCUCUCCUCUGCCUUUAGUGGUAUUUUGGUGUUCGCUUCUGAGAAGUACAAUUGGAACUACAUCCAAGCAGCCUUAGGGUUUCUGUUGACUCAGGACCUAGACUUCUAGUGCCUCUGAGGCAGAACCAAAGGAGCCUGCACUGAGGGAAAUUCCUCUUUUCCUGCCUGCCUGCCUGCCUGCCUGUGUACCUAUCACAAAGCUUUAGGGCCAACUGAUAUGUGUGUGCAGGAUGGUUUUGAGGGAGAAACAAUGCUUACUUACUAUAGGAAUCCUGUCUAUAUCACUGUUCAGUCCUGUGCAUGCUAUGAAAUGAUUGUUUCUUUGAGGCCAGGAAGCUACCAGGUGUAUAUGCUUCUGGGUUAGGAUUACCCUUGCUCACUAAAUAUGUUGUUGGGACAUUGGGGCUGAGAGUAGUUUGGGCUGUUUAAAAAGAAAACAAAAAAAAAAAAGUAUUUUUCUCUCAAACUGGUGGCCAACAAAUGACUAAGACAUUUUCGGUGCUUUACCUUUCUGCCCACAAAGACUGGAGAUUUUGGCAUACCACUAAUUACAACCCCCAACCACAUCCAAAGAAACUACUCCUAAAGGAAGACCAGUGGCCAUUCUUAAAAGAGUUUAAAAAUCAGAAUAUUAAGAAGAUUUUAGGAUUUGGAAGCUUGUGUUGUCUUUCCCCAAUAAUUAUUGUUUAAUCUCAAGUAGUAGCCUUAUUUUAGCAAUGGACAGAUCAUUGGCUCCUCCAUACCUGAUCAUAUGUUAUUACUUUAAAUCAGUAUUUGGGAAACCCAGGCAUUUAUGCAAUGGAUGUGAAUGGAAAUACAAACAUACAUGCCAGCCUGUCUCAGUAAAUUAUCAUACUCUGUAAUCCUCAAGGAAAGCACUUUUGCUUUUACUUAGAAAGGAUUUCAGAUUUGCUUUAUGGGCUCCUGCUCUUUUCAGCACCUGAUAAAACUUUAACCAGGGAAGCAUUAAACACAGCUCAGCAGCUUCUGCCCAGGCUCCUGAGUUCCUGCCGGCAGCAUUUAUCAGUGUAAGAACUAAGAUGCUUCCUGCAGUGGCACCAGCUUCCCCAAAGCUGGAGCAUGCUUCUCGGCCUUAAGCCCCAGCAUGAUGAGACUUCCCUCCUACCAGGUCAGUAAGAGUUGCUCACAACUGUGUCCUAACUGGCUGCAGGGUUUGCAGAAAUCCCUAGGGAGAAGUCAUCGAGGGAGGCAGGUAAUGAAUGUCUUCAGAAUGAAUUGGGUCCUCACAGCAAUCCCUGGCUCCCUUCCAAAGGUUGGGUAUCUGGAGGCUAAGAGGGGGUUUGUCCUUUGAUUUGAUUGUCAUUAAAUCCAGGGCAAUUCCAAGAAUUGCUUGGAGUCUCUGCUCUGACAGCCUAGAAAGGGAAAUGACUUAAAAUAUUGAGGACCAACUAUGAGGACCCAUUUCUCAGAUGAUAAUACAGAUUUGGAGGGCAAGAGUCACUUGCCUUGAGUUACACAGCUAGGAAGUAUUGGAGCCAGGUUUUGUACCCGGCUCUUCCUAACUCUGUGUAUGCCUAAAACAGAGAGAGAGAAAAAGGCUGCAGGUUCCCGCCCCCCUGCAGUCUGACCAUUCCACUCUAUGGAUUCUUUUUCAAAAUUACAUUUUAUGGCUAUAGUUUAGGCUCAGAAAUGGCAGCAAGGUAGCCUUAUUCUUCUACUUUAGCAGAUACAUUAAGUACACAUUGCUAACUUGAGCCUGCCCCCAGGAGUUGGCGGACACCUUUCCUUUUUGGUGCCAUCCCCCAUAAAUACAGUGUUUUUAGGCCUUCAGGAGUAUGGAACUUCUCAGAAAUAGUAAAAGUGAGGAGUGUUCUGCUGUCUAACUUUAUUUGAAAAUGUCAGCUGCUGCACUGCUGCAGAAAAGGAAAUCUUCAUAUUUUAGUAAACCUAGCCAGUCUGUGAGGAUGUGCUAAUUCAAAGUCCUGUGAACAUAGACUUUUCUGCUAACACCUGAUGUGUAUAUGUACACACACACACACACACACACACACACACACACACACACACGUGCAGUUUAACAACUAAGAGAAAUUCAGAGCAGCUGCCUCAUUAUCUCGCAUACCACUGCAGAGGUUUCUGCCAGCCCUGAUUACAAGUGGCACCAGAUAAUGGGGCUUAGUUGCUUGCUUACAACAUGCUAACAAGAAGAGCAACUCCUUGGCAAAGGUUGUCAGCUCCUAAAGCGUUGAGCCAAGGCGACAGCCCUGAGGGAAAUUGCACUCCAGCCCUACUCCAAGGUGUCUAAUGAUACGGGAAAUUUGGACACCCAGACUUUUUGGUGACCUGAGAGUCUGACCACUCUAGUCAGGCCUGAGGGCACGGCUGCAGAAUUCACGACUGAUAGGAGUGGCAGGGCUUAGGAAGUCCUCUCCUCCACCUAGAAAAUAUUCCCUUGCCAAUACCUGAAAUGCCACACUCAGUAGCUGUUAACACAUGCUUUUCGAUAAGAAAAUUAGUUGCAUGUUUACGGUGUGCCUAGCACAACUGGAAUUUUCUGUUUAAAAAACAAAUCUAUCUCGUUAUGAAUGGACUCAGCCCAGCCCUGAGAGAAAAGAAGGCCUGCAGGGGAGACUUCAGAUCUCAUUAAUAUUGCCUUACCCAACAGUGUUUCUGAAGCCCCACCGCAGCCCUUUCCAAGAGCUGUAAGGCCCAUGGGGACUGCCUAGUAAAACAGUAGCAUUUGGAACGAAGAACACACGAGAAACAGCAGAACAAGCGCCAGGGCAGGAAAAUAAAAAUAAAUUAAGACACUAGUGGGUAUACCGGUACAAAAAAUGCCGCAGAGCCCAUGCUGGGCUUGAUAUGACCUCGAGGGGACAGUAGAUUUAUACUGAAUGGGACUUAAACCUGACCAGUCUUUCUACAGUGACAGGCCACACUGCGUGGAUGGGGAGAACCAACGAACCCAUUGUCCUCUGCCUGUUUUCCUGUGCAGUCACAUUCCCUCCUCAGUCAUCUUCCCCUUUCACGCUUUACAUUAAACAAGGGAACACUCAGUCUUUCAUGGGAAUUACACAUUUGAGUUAAUGUUUCAGUAUAUCAUUUUCACACUGUAAAUUAUUUUGUAAGAGAGAUUUACUGCUAUCCCAGGAUGUUUGGACUCAGUGCCCCUGUGCAUUUGGAAAUCAAUAAACUAUUACUGGAAAUAC